GUCUUCAAUUUUCUUUUUUCUUUUUUCUUUUCUUUUUGUUCCGGCCUUUAGUUUCUUUGUCUCAUUGUGUAGUCCCUUUUCAGAUCUCACAACCGCGCCCCCCCCCGGUUCGACGAUCUGACUGAUCAACUGCCAAGGUGGCCAUGUCUUCCACCACAGAUCCCGAGGGCAAGGGGGAUGUCAAUGAUUUCCUCCUGCGCAUUCGGGAACUCGGCCAGAAGCGCGACAAGGAGGACGAACAACGCACCAAGAAAUUGGAGGAGGAGAUCUUGCAGGGUCGCAGAGAGAGACAGGCCCGAAGAGCUGGACGGAAUAUAGAACGUGCCCGUUCGCUCUCUCCCACCAAAGACUCCCCGCCGUUGUUCGACCCGGCUCGGAUGAGCAUGUCCGCACUGGGCCAGCGAGCCAUCGAUCCCCCGCAACAACUCGAGCCGACACCGCGCACCCCGGAGCACAUCACCCCUUCCAGACCUGCCUCGCUACGAGGCGACGAGUUUCCGAGCCCCAGUGCGAGCCGCAGAGGCUCCACGGUGGAAGCGACGAGUAGUCUGGAAACAUCCCCCAAGCCUGCAUCGCCCAGUCUGCGGAGUAGGACCGGGACCCUGUCCUGGCAGCAACGACCGGCCUCGCGCGACCUGCAUACCAACAGAUCGCUCUUUUCGACCUCCCCGACGCGCACAAACCGCCUGCGAACCAUGUCGACCGCGUCCAACAACGACACGGGGAUCCCACCGAAUAUCCCCGCUUCCCCCCCUUCAUCCAAAGACACGCGAUCGUCGCCGCAGCCGGACACAAUAGGACUAACAUCCCCACCCCGGGAAGGGUCGAAGGAAGAUCAACAUCACGGCUCACCCUCCGGCGCAAGUACCAAGGCGACCGCCAUGGACCGUGAGAAGACUCCCGAACCGACCAAGGAAAGCGCCCAGCAGGAGAACCUCGAUGAGCGAUCGCGCUCGCCGUCAAGAGCGAGCUCGAUAUUUGCGGAAAGCAGCCUGGGACAGCGGUACUCGAGUGUAUCGUCUGUCUCGACGGCCACGGGUCUAGGCUCCCCGGUACCUCUGUCCAACGCCCAGAAGUUCGAACCCCCACAAACGGAACCGGCAUCUGAAGAGCAAACGAUGGGUCCUCCGUCCCCACGACGAAUGUCCCCCGAACGGUCCACAUCGCCUACCAAAGGACUAGGAGGCUUCGUCCAGAGCGCCAUGAUGAAGCGGUCCGACAGCGUGUCUAAGCGGUGGAGUGCUCAGUUACCAUCCGGGCUCUCUAGGGCAGACCCCUUUGCGAGCAAUCGCAAUAGCUUUGCCGCACCUACCGGCACUGAUGUGCUCUCCCUUUCGCCCACCUCCAAGGCGGCUCGGGACGGUCCGCUGUUACCCUCUCACCGGCCCGGCUCAAGCCAUAGCGAGGCAACGGUGGUCCGUCCGAUGAACGACAGCGAGCGCCCCGUCACCCCGCCGGUCCCCGGCGGCGUUAGCGGCACACGAGCCGAUGAGAGCCCGAGACGCGCUCCCCUUUCCCUCCAUACAAGACCGGGCAGUUCGUUGGGCAGCGAAGCGAACUCGGAUUCCAAUCCCUCAUCAUCGUCAAACCCCGCGGUCUCGCGGACGAUGGAUCCGAAACGGUGGAGUCCCACCAAAUCGACCUGGUUGGAAAGCGCCUUGAACCGCCCCGAUGCCCCCCGUCACAAGAAGAGCCCUUCCCAGCAAGCCACCUGGUCUCCUUCCCGGCAGUCGAGGGGUAGUACUGAUCUGGGUCGCGUCAACAGCUUCAAGGAGGUCACUCCUGUCGGGCUGAUGCGCACGGCUGCUCCUGGUCGCCACUCCAAGACACCCAGUGUGUCUGGUAUUCCCGACGUCUUUGGUAUCGCGAAUGACGCUGCCAAACCCAAGGCCGACCCAGUCUUGAAAUCGACGUUGGAACCAGCCUUGGAAUCGACGUCGGACCCAGCCUCGAAAUCGUCGUUAGACCCAGCUUCGAAAUCGUCGUCGGACCCAGCCUCGAAAUCGUCGUCGGACCCAGCCUCGAAAUUGACAACGGACGAGAAAGCCGACGUUCCGACCCCUACUGAACAACCGUCCGAGUUGCCUGGGGAGAACAAAGACUCGGUGCCGCGCGCAGAGGAGAGUACAAAGUCCCUUGCUGAGCCACAAACGCAACCUGAUGCCACUGAAGUUUCGGGAGCUGCUCUGUUAAGACCGGAAGUGGAUACUACAGGCCGAAAAGAGAUCACUCGCAAACGUGCCCCAUCUGUCUUGGCUCCGGUGCCUAGGACGGAUAGCGAACUGCCCCUAUCUACCUCUCGAGAUCCUCUGCUCAACCGACCGAAACCGCAGUCCCCCGUCAUCGAUUUCCGAGCGAACCUGAAACGGCGGGAAGUUGUCAAAGACGACUCCCCUCGGACAGAACCCGAGUUCAAGAAUGUCUUCGGAAGGCUGAGAAAAGCGGAGUCCUCGACCUAUGCCGCCCCCGACGAGCUCAAGGAUAAUAUCCUCAAAGGGAAAGCAGGUCUCAACAAUGCAGGGGGCCCGCGAAAGACACAAAGAGUCGAUGAACUCAAGGAGAGCUUGAACAAGCAAAAGGAAGCCAUGAAAUCCGGUGGAGGAUCUACGAGAAGGAGUACAAUCGGGCAAGACGAUGCCCCUGCAAAGAUUGCCGUCCCCGAGGCGAUUGCAAAGCGUCAAAAUUUGGCCAAGUCUGAUAGUGACAAGACCAACCAGCAUGGCGGCGCGUUGUCCCCACUGUCUCCGCGAGAACCUGGAAUAUCUUCAGGGUCCCCGGGCCUGCCAUUUUCGCCGCUGUCGCCGCUGUCGCCUCAGCCUGACGAGCUCGGGGGGAGUCUUCGCAGCCCUGAAAUUCCGACCUCGGGUACAGACAAGGAUCGCAGCCAGGGAGAAUCUUUGGCUAAGGAGAAAGAGGGGACUAAGCGUGACCUUGCAGAUGCUACGCCAAAGCCUGAGCCUGCGGGCGAUUCUCAAGUUAAUCAAGGCAUAUCAAGCGAGGAAACCAUGAAACCGGUGCGUGACUUGCCGUUGGGGAGUGCUGCUCAGGCUGCAGACACGCCUGCAGUGGCUGCAGCUCCUACUAAAGGGAAACUUGCAGGCCGACUAAAUCCUGCUUUGGCGGGUCUCUUGUCGCGUGGUCCUCCCCCGGUGGGCGCCACGGGUAAAUCUUCCUCGCUGAACGCAACAAGCAGCGAGACUGGAUCGUCGAAAAGCGAGCCUGCGACACUGACACACAUGACAAAGAGUCGUGCAAGAGGCCCUAAGAGGCGUCUGCCUAAGACCGUCGUCACAGAGACGGCUGCGCCAGAAGCCCCAACCUCGCCUUCAAAAGAUGCGCCUUCAAAAGAUGCGCCUUCAAAAGAUGCGCCUUCAAAAGAUGCGCCUCUAAAGGAUGCGCCUCCAAAGGAUGAGGUCGCUCCGACAUCGUCGUUCGAUAUUCAACGAUCAGAGACAAGCCCCUCGCCGGUGGAGGAACCCAUGCCCAACUCUAGCAACUGGCCCCUCCCUGAUAAGGUCCUCGACACGCCUGCUGCCACACCGGACAGCCAUGCGUCCCAACCUACUCAACACAGGAUUAGCAAGCCGACAGAAUUCAAAAGAAGCUUGCCUCGCCUGUCAGAAAAGGAAAUCAAGCUACCCUUGGAAAGCGUCAGCUCAGAUCCUCCCACGGAGGUGACCAAAGCCCCCAACGAUCCCGGGACAACCCCAAUCCGUGGCGACUCAGGGAGCACGAGAGACUCCCCCUCGAACCGGUCGUCUCUCAUGUCUAGAAUGGCCGCCUCCCCAGCCACACCCUCGGUAGGCCAGGCGCGCAGCUCGCAAAUUCACUACUCCUCUCCUUCCCCGUCCCCUCUCCGAACGAGCCUCAACGGAAACCAGGCCCCGCCACCCCCGACGCCCCCGAAAAUCUGGUCUGGCAUACCCUUCAUGUCUUCACGAGAGACUUCCCCCAAGCACAAGUCCUUACCCUCGCCUCCUGUGCCCCGGAAGAGCUCCAGCCCCUCCGCCGAUCACUCUGCCUCACCUAGAUCCUCAGUGUCGCUGGUACCCCAGGCCGACGAAUCCUUGGCAGCCAUCUCGAGUUUCUUCAAUACGUUCCCCAACUCGAGCGACCGCGUGAACAUUGAUCCCCAGUUGAUGCUGGCCAGUCGGGGCGAGACCGACCGAAUUCGGACAUUGAAGAUGCAGAUAUGGGAGAUCACAGGCGAUGGCCGGAAACAAGACCUCCCGGUCAACCAAGAAUACAUCCUUUACGAAGGCAGCAUGUACCUGUGCGUGCAUGUGUUUGAAGACGAGACGAGUCAACGGUCAGAGGCCCAGCUUUGGUGUGGGGACGGGGUUCCCGAUUCCGCCAUCGACGAUGCGCAGUCCUUCUCCCGUAAGGUUGCCAAAGAAAAAUGGUGCAAGCUCGAGGUCAUCAAGCAAGGCAAAGAGCCCGCUCGUUUCAUCCAGGCUCUAGGAGGGAUCCUGAUCACGCGCCGGGGCUCCAGCUCGCGGUCCAGCUCGUCUGCGAUUUUCAUGCUCUGCGGUCGCAAGCACCUGGGCCAGAUGGUGUUCGAUGAGGUUGAUUUCUCUCGCCGCAACUUGUGCUCUGGCUAUCCCUUUGUGAUCUCUUCCAUGUUCGGAAAACUGUUCCUGUGGAAGGGACUCGGCAGCUCCGCCGAAGAAGUCGGCGCUGCGCGGCUAAUUGGGAUGGAUCUGGGGCUGACGGGUGAAUUUGAAGAGGUGACCGAGGGAGAAGAGCCCGAGAGUUUCUCGGAAGCUUUUCCCCUGAGCGAUGACCAAGGGGACUACAUGAAAUCCGACCACUGGAAGCUCAAGCCUCAUCACAGCCAUUUCCAAGCCCGGCUAUUCCGCGUCGACCACGAGCUGGGCCAGCGGUCCGGGUUCUGGAUUCGACGAUCGGGCUCCAAUUCGCCCAUCAUCCGGCCGAACGACACUGUCCAGGAAGUCGAAGUGUUCCGCCAGAAAGACAUCUCCGCCAAGGGUAUCUACGUGCUCGACACGUUUUUCGAGAUCUACGUGAUCGUUGGCGAACAAGCGUCCAAACGGCCCGCGGAAUUCGCAUCCGCCGUGGUAUUUGCGCACGAAUACGGCAUCCUGGCGGCGUCUCUCCAAGACCGACCUUUCAUUCCCAAGAGCUAUGUCUCCCUUGGCGGGGUUCCGGAAUCCUGCCGCAGUGCGCUCCGGAAGUGGGACGGGGAUGCUUCACGGACGGCCCCGCAGGUGUUUCCGCUGAACGCGGCCAUUGAGGCCAUCCGGUCCUCAUAGAGCGCCUUCCAAAUCCUCAGCCUUCUACUUCCUUCCUCAUUCUCUUCUUUUCUUUUUCUUUUUGUAAUUGAACAUCCUUGUCUAUUUGGACAAUUUCCUUAUCUGUGAAUAGAGUUGCAUCUGGCCCGGUCCGUAUGGCGAAAGAGAGGCUUACACGAUGACGACCCGGGAAGCAUCUUCCAAAGGAGCCUGGGCAAAGGGCGGGGCGAAUUCGGGUUUAUCUACUUAUGUAUCUCUCUAUCUGUUUGAUGGGAGUUUAUCUAUCUUUGUUUCUGGCGUGAUAGGCGCGUGGGGUGGGUGGGGAUUCAUACACUGCUUGCUAUGUUGUUGUAUCAUUCUUAGACGAUCUAGAUGAUCUGUGGGAGUGAUAUAACUCUCCUACCAUGAUUUGACUUGAUCGGGUGGGACUAGAUAUACCUACCUGACUGCUUAUGAGUAUUGAUAAUAGCUAUAGCUGG